GUUAAAAAAUAAAUAAUAAUGAUGAGAUAAACGAGAGAAAUUAGAUGGAAAAAGAAUAGAAAACAUUCGUUCAGAGAACGCGCGUGACGCAGAUCAUAUUCAGAACGGAAGCGCACGAGUUGAUUCCUGUACUACACGUCGGACAUGAACCGGAAUCGUGUAUGAGAUAACGAGGAAUCCACGAAGCUGCACAACGAAUGUUAACGCUGAAAUAAACUAAAAACUUGGUUGAAUCUACCGAAGCUGCAGCUUUCAAAUACGAGGUCGCUGAUCGUUUCAACCAAAGCACGGAAAAGGACCUUCUUACCGGAAAAUCCGGAACCGCAACACCGCAUUUCCGGAACUUAUUACAAGAAAUUACCAUUCCGUUAAUUGUCUAAUUUUGGAAGUACGCAAAAUCCGUAAUUACGUUCACACGGAACUGUAAUAAUUUCAUCAGAUAGCGCGGAUGCGGAUGUAUUCGGGUCAUAAUCUUCGGUCAUUUUAAGUAAUAUUUCUACCGCGGGACCCUCAACGAUGGAUUCUCUCCUAAUCGUGCCUAAUCGCAUUUGAAUCUUUCGUUGCUCUAUGAGUUCAUAUUGAAUAUUUAAUUACCCACGUGUGGCUGUACGUAUGGUAUUAAUAUAACGGCUUUAGCGAGCACCUUUGCAAUGCAGCACAUUAUAUAGGCAUUGUUAUUAUAUUAGAAUAUUAUAAUGCUCGAGAAAGUGGGGGAAAUUUCACCAUGUUAUUCCCCGUCAAGAUAUUUAAGGGAGACAAUGUAUUGUAGUAUUUUGCCGGGUUAGGAGCUUUCGUAUGCGUCAGCUGAGGAGGAGUCUAUAAAUACGUGUCGAGUUUAUAGUGGUAGUCGGUAGUUUAAAACGCCUGAGAUGAGGACAUCGCGGACAUUCGCGUUCAGUUGCAGAUUGGACCGCAAACCCUGCGGAUCUGAUCAGGUGUGCCGCAAUUCAGCAGUUCACAUUUUUGUAUAAAUGCCUCGACGCGCUGUUUAUUCAUCAUUUAAAUAAUCCUGUGCGCGAGUCCUACUUCCGCUUCUGCUCGACGGAUCAUACGGACGUAUGAAAUAAUAUAUUCGUACAUAGGCGAGUGCGAGUGAAAUAAUUAAUAAAAUACCCCGAAAAUAGAGGAGAAUAUUUCAACGUCGUUUAUAUGGGCCUGUAGUGACUGGCGCAGCUGUAUAAUUUUUUGAAAAACGAUAACGACAAAAAAAUGGGUGUUCUAGUGCAGCAAAUUUUCGGGAUCUGCUUCGUCCUCUGCACGUUCAUAUUUUCCUGUAUACCGACGUUUCCGAUUUACGAGGACAGCCAGCUCUACGUCACUGUAGAGAUACAUACGAGUCGUCCUUGACACGAGAUAAUUUAAGGAAGCGCGAAAUCAGCUCGAGGCGAUAAUUCGCUGAGGGAAGUCGGUGCGAGCUCGCUCACGGCAAUGGAUAUGGCAUAUGUGCUAAAUUGAUCGAAUGUCCAUCGAAAAUGCGAGAGUUGCACCAGGGGGAAUACAACAUAGCUGACCGAUGCGGUUUCUCAGAUUUUAAUGAAAUCGUUUGCUGCGAUUCCGUCAACAUCACCGAUCGUGAAAAACUUACCACUCCAGAUGAACGCAGAGCCGAAGCUGCGUGCCAGGAAUACAGCAACGAAAUUUCAGCGACUGAAAGAACCGUGUCGUUCCAUAUACUGGGGGGAGUCAAUGCGAAAAGGAACGAAUUUCCGUUUAUGGCAGCCCUCGGAUUUCAGGCACCAGCGGAAGAAGAGGUUCCAGGAGGUAUAAAGUACACUUGUGGAGGAACUUUGAUAUCUCGUCAACACGUUCUCACCGCCGCACACUGCGUCAGUAAUGUCGAUGAACGAGUUCCAGUCGAGGUGCGCCUCGGAUCUACGGAUUUGACGAACGCCGAUGAGGAUACGCAGCGAGUAGCAGUAUUAUCAGUGAUUCCACAUCCCAAUUAUAAGAGAAGUAGAAAUUACAACGACAUAGCGAUAAUAAAAUUGAAAGAACCAGUUCGCAUGACAAAUUCGGUUCAGCCAGCUUGUCUGAUGACAAGAUCUCUCAACGACGUUGACUCGUCGGUAAAUCAAACGGUGGUUGUCCUCGGUUGGGGAGUAACUGACUUCGAAGGUUCGGAAACAACGCAACUCAAGAAAGCGGCAGGCCUCAAUUUGGUUGAAUUGGAAGAUUGCUCUAGAAGCUAUAAACCUAGUACAAGACUUCCGAAUAGUAUCGAUGAAACGAUGAUUUGCGCGAUAGAUCCGAACACCACAAGGCGGGCUGAUACUUGCUGGGGUGACAGUGGAGGACCCCUUUUAAUAUCUGCAGGAUCUUCAAGCGCAGUUGCUGGGGUUACAGCGUUCGGACAAGCGUGUGGAGGAACGACCCCUAGCGUUUAUACGUCUGUUUUGGAUUAUUUAAGCUGGAUCGAAGGUCACGUUUGGCCUGAUACGAAAUCCAAAAGAUCGGAUACGGAAUCUUGAAUAUUGAAUACAUAAUCACUAUCAGUGGACCCUAUUAGACAGCUUUAUAGUUAUCGCAUUAAAAAAUUGAAAAAUUUACUCGCGUCACGCCGACGAAUUGUGUAAGUCAGAAAGCAGUGAAAUAUUCUCAUCAUUUUGUGUUCGUGCAGUGUUUCUCCAACGACUUUAUCUGUGGAAAACUUUCCUAAUUUUCUGAAUGGGAAUAGCUUUAAUGCAUGGUUCUUAGAGAUUUACUUGGGCAUAGGCAUAAAAAAAUUUUCUGUGAAGGUAAUAUUACGUCAGCCUGCAGAGGCAAAAUAGAAGGGGAUGACUGGAGUAGUCGAUGUAAUAGCAACAAGGCGUCCAGCAUUUCCGAUGAUCUUCGGCACUGUACUUCCAUUUAUCCUAAAUUAAUUUAAGAACACUCCUAGAUUUAGGAUAACCUACGCGCUAUUGUGGUGAUAUUAUUUUAAUAUGUAAAUAUUAGUAUGUUUAGCAGUCAAGUUUCAACUUGAUUCGCAACAUUCUAGACGUGCUGAGAAAAACUUAAUGUGUAUCCUAUUUAUUACACCUCUACAGCUGGUACACUUCUGUUGGAAUUGUACCAAUAAUGAUGGUUGGAACUUAGACCAGCACAUCUCGAAUUAUGAUUUUUUACGUUUCUAAUAAAAAAUGUUGCUCAAAA